AUGGCCGUACGAUACAAAGGGGAUUGUCUGCGAUUCAUCAGAGCCGCGCUUCACGAAGAAGGCACCCUCGUUAGCACGACUACAAUAGCUAGGGUCAUGGUAUUGUGCUCUUAUGAGCUGAAGUUCGGAGACAACGAUGUCGCUCGCUGCCAUGCGAAGGCUAUCGCGAAAAUGGUCGAACUAAGAGGUGGAUUCGGAACAGUCAGCAAGGAAGGCUACGCAGGCGAGGUCAUCGCUUCCUUCUGCGCGAAACUAGAAGCUUGGUCUGGCAAUGCCAUAGCACAACCUCCAGCCGUGAAUGACUACUAG